UAGGGUUUCGGUACAGUCUCGGCGAUUUAAAGCGAAAAAGUGCUGAUUUUAACAUUCAAAUCUGCUCAUUUUGGAAGAUGUUGUAAACAUGACGAUAAAUAUGUUAUUAAACUAUUCAUAAUUGCAAUUUCUUUGCGAGAUAAAUUGUGUGUUAUUGCAGCUGAAAAUGUACUCUUUUUAUUGGCUAAGAAAUCUAAUUUUACUCAUAAGUUAACUAUAACUAGACUGUAUACUUACCACUCUUAUUGAUCACCGUGGCGCAAUGGAUAAGAUACUCAUAUUCUUUUGCUCUACGUCCAGGCUAUCCGAGAUCGUACCCGCGUAGAUUUUGUUUCUAAAUCUUAUUUUAAUUUCAGGAUGGUGAAAGCCUACAAAUGCAUUUGCUGUAAUAAGCGUGCAAAACCAAAAGAUCGUCGUCCAUUGACUGACACUGUUAAAAACUAUCUACGAAGGGUCUUUCCUGCUGUAGAUCCAACAGACAGUGAUGUCAUUUGUUGUCAAUGUCGAGUCAAAAGCUACAAGAAUGCCCCAAAGCCUAGGCAAUGUUCAGACAACAUCAGCAAUGAUCCGGACAACCAACCCCAACCAUCUACAUCCAGACAGCCAUUUAGCCCAUUAUCAAUCACCCUGCACAUUCCAUCAACCAUAAGAAGCCAUUCCAGAUGUUUUAUAUGUAAGCGCCCAGGUCCAAAAUUGAUCUCAUUGCCAGCAGAAGGUCGUUUAUCCGCCUUUAUAGAUCACAACAUUAUUAUUUCCGCGGAUUCCAGAUGUUGUCCAUCUCACGUCUAUGAAGGGACAUUGACCGAGACAGCUUUAAUAGAUAUGAAGACUUUUACAGAAACAUCUCAAAUGAAUAGAACAGGCGUCAACGACUUGUUACAAAAAAUUAGAAAGCUUUACCAACAACAGUCAAGACAUUUGAAUUUUGACAAUUUAAGUGAUGCAGAUUGUCAGUCACUUACGAAGCUAAAUCGAGCCCAGUUUGAAGAUCUUUAUAAUCAUCUUUUUGACAAGAUAAAAAACACCCCAAAUAGAUCCAUCAAAACCAGUAUUGGCAUAUUCUUAUGCAAACUGUGUUCCGGUAUGUCCAACAGGCCGUUAUCGACGAUCUUUGGAAUUACAAAGUCAAGUAUACGCCGUGCAGUAUCAACGGUAAGGCAUGCAUUCAUGCGCGGUUUUGUGCCUCUGUAUCUUGGCAUUGACAGUGUCACUAGGGAAUCGCUGAUAAAUGAACAUACAAAGCCUUUAGCGAAGAAGCUGUUUGGAAACCAGGAAGAGAGGUUAAUUCUUGUUUUGGAUGGUACAUACAUCUACAUCAAUAAAUCAAACAACUUUCAGUUUCAGCGCCGUUCAUUUAGUUUGCAUAAGGGAAGGCCAUUAGUGAAGCCCAUGGUAGUUGUCACAACAACUGGACAUUUUCUGACAAUAGUAGGCCCGUACAUGUCAGACGGCAAGAACAAUGACGCAGCAAUAUUAAAUCACAUGUUGAAGACAAACAUAAAUGAUAUUAGGGGGCUUUUGAGAGAAGGGGAUGUAUUUGUUGUAGACCGAGGGUUCCGAGAUGCGUUACCCCUGUUAAAGGACCUCGGCAUUAAUGCUGAAAUGCCAGCCAUUAUGCAGAAAGGAGAAAAACAAUUGACUACGGGAGAAGCGAACGCGAGUCGACUAGUAACGAAAAUCAGAUGGGUGGUUGCAUCGGCAAACGCUAGAAUCAAGAGAUUUAAAUAUCUAGAUCAUGUGAUGCCAAAUAGCCAGCUGCCAUUUAUUGGUGACUUUGUUAGAAUUGUUUGCGCCAUCUCAAACAAAUACUUCCCCCCUCUAAGUUCCCCAGACCAAGUCGAACAAGAUGAAUUGAUCGCCGAAAAGAUGCUGCAACAAAAUGAAAAAGAAAACGAGCUGAAAAUGUUAGUAGAAGAGAAAGGUCUUGCUAGGAAAAAGACAAUUUGGCGGCCUAUUGAAGAUUGUGAAGUACAGGGAUUUCCGCGUUUAAGUGAUGAACAGCUAAGUGAACUAACACUUGGUGUUUACCCAUUGCGUUUGAGUUCCAGCUACAUGCAAGAGCAUACAACUGGAAAUUGUGACAUUAAAGUGCAUGUUCACGAGAAAAGUUUGAUUUCUGCAAAAUUGCAAAGUCGCCAUACAUCUAGCAGAAGGUACAUGCUGUGGAUACGUCACAGUGAGGAUAUGGUCGAAUCAUGGUACUGCCAAUGAAAGACUGGAUCGCGAGUGGUUGGAAUGUGUUAACACAUUGCAGCUGUGGUCUGGUUCUUGUCUGCCGGUAGAUAUCAGCAAAAGGAAAGUUUGGGGGUUCGAGACUGGGGAAAGUACCUGUCUGACGCUUCUGCAAUUCGUAUUGAUGAUUCAAGUUCUAGCGAGAGUGAUAGCGAAGUUUUUUAGACUGAUUUUAUUUCAUUCUACCUGUGUCUCCAUGCACGUUUCAUAUACAAGUUUUUAAGCCUUGGCUUUGUGUUAGCACUGGGAAACCUUGAGACAUAAGUGGAAAUUGCUCAUUUUGACAUUAACAUCAUUUUCAAUUGGGACCUGCUAUAAUGGAAAUGAUGUGCAUGGAUACAUGCUUUUAAUCAAAAUGUAUGCAUAGUCAUGUUAACAAAAAUGUUAUGAGCAAACAAUAUGCUACUGGUAUAACAUUUAAAUAAUUAGUUACUUAACAUAUGUUAAGAUCUAUAUAAUUCAUCAAACAGAUGAAGGGUU